GAUGAAAACCAGCGGCGGACUCCCGAGUCGAAGCUCUCCACCAAACUCGAGAACCAUUCGCGGGGAACAGCCGAGGCGUCAUGGCUCGAUCCAAGUACGUCCUCCCCUUCAUCGCCUUCGUCGCCGUCGGAAUGGCGAUAGGCCUUCUGUUUCAGUUGGCAUUUAUCUGGCGGUUGGAGGAGUUUUCUGGUACUAAUAACCAUUGGGAAAAUGACAAAGAGUCUGCUUUGCUUCGCCUUGGAUUUGUAAAACCUGAAAUUCUCAGCUGGUCACCACGAAUUAUUCUUUUCCAUAAUUUCUUAAGCAUGGAGGAGUGUGAUUAUCUUAAGUCAAUUGCUAGGCCUCAUCUUGAGAUAUCAACAGUGGUAGAUCCUAAAACAGGGGAGAGCAUUAAAAGCAAAGUCCGCACAAGUUCUGGCAUGUUUUUAAGCUCCAAAGACAGACAAAUCCCAAUAAUAAAGGCUAUUGAAAAACGGAUUGCAGUUUUUUCUCAAAUCCCCGCAGAGAAUGGAGAGUCUAUUCAAGUACUGAGGUACGAAACUAACCAAUAUUACACUCCACAUCACGAUUACUUUUCAGACGCAUUUAACUUGAAGAAUGGAGGGCAACGUUUUGUCCGUGACAGUGUGGCAACAAUGCUCAUGUACUUGAAUGAUGUUGAUGAAGGGGGUGAAACAAUUUUCCCCCAGGCUGGGUCCAGCGAAUGCAGCUGUGGAGGGAAUAAGGUGAAGGGGCUAUGUAUGAAAUCAAGAAAAGGCGACGCAAUCCUUUUUUGGAGCAUGGGACUUGAUGGGCAGUCGGAUCCCAACAGCCUCCAUGGAGCAUGCCCAAUCGUGAAAGGGGAGAAGUGGUCAGCCACGAAAUGGCUGAGGCAGGGAGCCUACUCCUAGUAAAUUUUCUUCUCUCAUACAUAUAUAUAUAUAUAUAUAUAUAUAUAUAUAUAUAUAUAUAUUUCAUUGUUAUAGUGUUGAUGAUCACAAUACAUGGUCUCUCUGUACUGUUUGGAUGAUUACAAGCUAAUCAUUCUCCAAAUCAACAAGAACCGCAGCAGCAGCAGCGGUGAGGGUAUUUUUGGUUUGCUUUCAUGUACUUAUAUAUUUCUCAACUUUUAAUGUUUUUUCUUGGGAUGAUCAAAUGUAAG